GCCACUUCAGAGUCAACUAACGAUUGAUCGGAUGGAAAGUUAAUGGUUUGAUUAUUAAAUUGUUUUCGAAAAGGUUUGGCUAUUAUUUUGUUUAAGAUGAAAAGGUUUGGCUAUUAAAUGUUCGCUAUUCCAUUUAUCAAUUGGACUUCCUUGGCCGAUCUGGGCCCAUGUCCUAUAUUUGUUAAGAGUAAAAGCCCAUAACGCACGGCCCAAAAAUAAAUCCAAAACACAUUGAAUAUUUAACAGGAUUCAAAAUUUGUAAACAAAACCCCUUUCCCCUUCAUUUUCCCUCUACAACUGAUUGGACUUUGGAGCCUAGCGAAGUCCUAGUUUACUCCGAUCAAAUGUCCCAGUUUUUCUAAUAAACUUGCGCCGGCGGCGAUAACAGUCUCUCACCCUCUUCGUUUUGCUCCGAUCAAGUUUCUCCGUCUCUGAUCCUUCGAUUUUUUACAUCCUCUGGUUCUCAUAACUGAAAUUCUAAUGAGCAAGAACAGGAAGGCAGGGAAAGUAAGACGCCGGGACAGGUUGAGCCGUCUUCCAGAACCUAUUAUUCAUCACAUCCUUUCGUUCCUCGACUCCAAAUCCUCCGUUCAAACCUCCGUGCUCUCCCGAUUUUGGAGAUGCGUCUGGAAACACGUCCCUGCUCUAGAGUUCAAUCAGUAUUACUUCCAAGAUUACUCGAGCUUCCGCAGGUAUGUAGGCAAGGUUUUGUCCCGUCGUUAUCCCCUGAAUCUCCGCAAGGUCAGCUUUCUAGACCGCCAGCUUAGGUCGGAGGGAAGAGACGAUUCUCUGGUGAUUAGGGUUAUCCGACAUGCCUUGUACCAUGAUGCACAACGUUUGCUGAUUGUGACUGUAAAUGACAUGACGACCCCUGACACUUACAGAUUCUCCGAUCUGUUUGGCUCGAUCUCGAGUUGCAAUCUGAAAACCCUAGAAUUGGAAGGUUUCGACCUCGAUAGAGGGUUUGGGUCGCCCGGUUUUCGUGCCCUGACGACUCUAGAUUUGCUGACUUGUCUGGUCGCUUGUGAUCAGGAGGUACUUGAACCAUUUUCUAACUUUUCUUGUCUCAAGCAUUUGAGCAUGAGGGAUUGCCGUGGGUACGAGAGUUCUCGUCUCGUGGACGAUAGGAGUAUCAGGAUAUACGGACUCGAAUUGCUUAGCCUGACAUUGGAUUCUGUGGAGUUCGACAAGAUCGAAAUAUAUGCACCGAAGCUGAAAUGCUUCAGUGUCCAGGAAGACGUGGAGUACUUGAGAUGCUCUUUAAGCCUUCCGUCUCUGGAUCAUGCUGAAAUUGGGGUUCAUGAGGGGACACCUGUGUCGGUCGAGGAUGACCGGGAAUCGAUAACGUUGCAGUUGAUCUCGGUGUUCCACGGUUUGCGUAAUGCGAAAUCUUUGAAGCUGUACGGGGUUACCACCGUUGAGGUACUGAGUAAAUUUUGUGAGCUUCUGGAAAAUCAGCCAUCCCCUUUUCCGAAAUUGGAGUCCCUGAUUCUGGAUUCUAAGACUGAGAUUGUGCCUUACAAACUCGUCAAUUACUUUUUCAAAGGAUCUUCAUGUGCAAGUCCAAAUAUUCUCUAUGUAUCCACCCCUAGCUAGCAGUCGGCCACUUCUGCAAAGUUUCUGAUGAUGGUGUGUAAAUGGGCUAGUGGGUUUCUCCCUUUCAGGUCAUUUAGGAAGAAUAGGAGUUCCUUUUAUAGUUGUCACUGCUUGAACCUGUUUUGCAUCACAUUGUUAGUUUGAAGCUAGUUAUUCAGACUGAUAACUUGUUUCUUUUGAAGAAGUAUGUUGAAAUUGAUUUUUUUAUCAUUGGGAUAGUAAUGAUUUUUGUUGGAUCAUGGAAUCCUCCCUCUGGUUGUAUUUUUUUGGUUGGUAGUCAUUUUUUAAAAACUCUGUUAAGAACAAUGAUCAGUCCAAACAUAUCAGAUGUUUACAUGGAUGUAAACCUUCAUUAAAGCAAUUGCACAUUUGACCAUUACAGUUGUGGGAUUCGUUCUAUACUUUUAUUUCCAAUUGACGUUGCUCCCCAUAACCGAUUAAGUGGAAAUCGGUAGAGAAGGAAGAACAAUACAGAGACCAACCCAGUGGAAAGAGAACAAAGUAUAACAUCAGGAUCAGCUAUUCUUAGCAAGGAAUGUGGAUGUAAUUAUCCCGAUUGUGAACUUUGUAUAAUCCCAUUUGCGCUUGAAUUUUUGCAGUGCAACGAGGUAUACAGUUCAUUCAAGAUUCGAAACCACCUCAGACGUUUGAGCUGUUGAAUAAUUAUGGAAAGCCAAUCCUAAUUCUCAUCUUGAUUCUGUUCAAUGGAGUUAUGGAAUAUGCUGCCUCCCAUGGUGUGCAAGAGUUAUCAUUGCUUCGUAUUAUCGAAAAUGAGUGGUACAGUGUAUUACCUGAUGCUGUUGCCUUGAUCUGUGAUUGCGGUCAAUCUCUGAAAGUCUUGGAAUUGCAGCGAGCAUGUUUGGACAAGACUGCAUUUGAAAUGUUACAAGCAAUCGAUCCUCGAACGGUGUGUCGACUUGUUCCAUGUUGUGUGUAAUGCAGAAUAUCUUAGCUUGCAUAUGGAUACCACUGAGGUAUGUCGCCUAUUGAUGCUUAAUAAUAGCAAUAUACGAUG